AUGACUGCUAUAUUCCUACCUGUGGAACCUCCCAAAGUACGAACAGGAAGUAACACGAAACAUCAUAAAAACAAACCAAUAGACAUUAUAACUGAAGAUAUUAAGUUUCCACCCAAACCACCAUCUAAAGAAUUACUACAGAAGAUUAUACAUGGUUUCAGUUCUUCUCAAAACCCUGUUCUACUUGAGGAGUCAGGUUGUGCAGUGUGUGGAAUAUUA